CACACACAUGCACCCAUUUCCAUAGAAUCAAAUAAAAUUCAAAAUUCUCACCAUGUGCCUGCCUUACUUCAGCAAAUUGUUCGGCCACUCAAACCGACGGGCCACCAGAGUUGAGAGCAGUCUCAUUAUGACGCCACGUCCCACCGCUAGUAUGGAGACUAUAACGAUGGCUCAGUCGCGACAGUCACUUAACACGACUGGGAUAACGCUCAUUAAGGUGGAGACUCCAGUGAUGAGCAGCGCAGCGCCAUCCUUGAUUAUGGUGGAGAAUGCGACCACCACCAGCAUGGGCGGAAUUAGUGAAGCCACUGACACCGCCACCAGCUUGAACUCCAACUGCACAUCAGCCCAGGUCAGCCUUCAGUCCACUAGCAGCGGGCAUGAGCAGUCGACGACACAGUCCCAGGGUGGAGCUCAAACAUCCUGGUGGAAUUACUUUGGCAUGAAUAAGCACAAGAAGACCAGUAUUGAGUCGCUCUAAACUCUUAUAGAAAGAAAAAGUGCGGCAAUGGUGAGAAGAGCAGCAGCCACUAGCAAUUUAGAAUUUUUCACAUAACUUUUAAAAAACAUUUUUGAAAAUAGAAACCAGCUAACAUCAUAAA